AUGGGCGCGGGGAGUGGGGCCGGGCCGGGCCGGGCUGCGGGGGAACCGGGCCGUGCCGGAGCGCCGGGCCGUGCCACCGGGGAGCCGGGCCGUGCCGCCGGGGCGCUGGGCGCUGCCGUGGCCGCUCUCUACACGGCCACGCUGCCACCCGCCCUGCCCGGCGGGGAUGCGGGGGAGCUGAUCACAGCCGCGUAUGAGCUUGGAGUCGCCCACCCUCCCGGCUACCCUCUCUUCACCCUACUGGCCAAACUGGCCAUGGGGCUCCUGCCCGUCGGCUCCCCCGCCUGCCGGGUCAAUCUCCUCUGCAGCUUGGUGGGAGCAGCUGCUGCCUCUUUGCUUUUUUACACGGUUUUCAGGCUUUCUGGCUCAUAUGCUGGAGGAAUCCUUGCUGCGGGGGUGUUUUCAUUCUCUCGUCUAACGUGGCAAUGGUCCAUCACGGCGGAGGUUUUUAGCUUAAACAAUCUGUUUGUGGGGCUGCUGAUGGCUCUCACCGUGCAUUUUGAGGAGGCAUCCACUGCAAAGGAGAGAUCCGAGAUCUCUAAACUUGGUGCCUUUUGCUGUGGCCUCAGUUUGUGCAACCAGCACACGAUCGUGCUUUAUAUUGCCUGUGUUGUGCCUUGGGUUCUCGCCCGGCUUUUCAGGAAGAUGGAAUUGUCCCUAGGCCAUUUGCUGAAGUUGGGUUUAUGCUUCUUGGCUGGUUUGCUGCCUUAUCUCUAUCUGCCGGCUUCAUCCUACCUCAAUCAAGCCCGUUGGACAUGGGGAGACCAGACGACUUUUCAAGGAUUUUUGACCCACUUUCUCAGGGAAGAAUAUGGGACAUUCAAUCUGGCCAAGUCUGAGACAGGAUCCACUAUGAGAGAGAUGCUGAUUUUUCAGCUGGCACAGAUGAAGUCGGAGCUCUCCCUUCCUGUCCUUGCCCUGGCACUUGUGGCCUGUGUGAGCGCGAUGCUGCCGACAAAGCAGCAGAAGUCACCUGUGAUCUGGCUCUUCACUGGCAUGCUCUGUCUUUAUUCCCUUUUCUUUGCUUGGAGAGCAAAUUUGGAUAUUACAAAACCUCUCUUUCUGGGUGUGGUGGAGCGAUUCUGGCUGCAGAGCAACGCGGUGGUGGCCGUGCUGGCCGGGCUGGGACUGGCCGCUCUUGCCUCUCUCGGAAGCGCCGUGCUGGAGGGCAGCCGGGUGCUGCUGUGGCUGGAGCAGCUUUCUGCCCUCAUGCUUGUUGCUUCUCAAGUCUGGGCAAAUUAUAGUGCUUGUGACCAGAGCAACAACUAUGUUGUUGAUAAGUUUGCAAGGAAUCUGCUGUCCUCUAUGCCACCAGGGGCAGUGAUCUUGCUGAGAGGAGACUUACCUGGGAACGCUCUUCGUUAUGUUCAUUAUUGCGAAGGCAUGAGACCUGAUAUCACCUUAGUGGACCAGGAGAUGAUGACUUAUGGAUGGUAUUUACCCAAGCUGGCAAAACAUUUACCUGAUGUUCAUUUUCCUGGGAGCCGGUGGAACCCCGUGGAAGGAGUAUUACCUGAUGGGACACUUGCUUUUAAUCUCCAUCAUUUCCUCAAAGUAAAUAAACAUAAGGAGGUGUUUGUCUGCAUAGGUCUUCAUGAAGGGGACUCAACCUGGAGAAGGGGCUAUUCGCUCUGGCCGUGGGGGACGUGUGAAAAGUUGGUGCCUUCUGAUGUGGUCUUUGACCCAGCAGAGUGGAUUCGUCUUACAAGAAAUCUCUAUAACUGGACUGAGGACUAUGGCAGUUUCAAGCCCUCUUCCUGGGAAGCUGUCGCCAACGAGGAGAUGUGGCAAGCCAGGAUGAAAACAGCUUUCUUUGUAUUUGACCUUGCAGAAACUGCCAGUGUGACUCCAGAAAUGAAAUCCCAACUUUACACCUUUGCCUACACUUCUUACAAAGAAAUUGUCAACUCUCAUCCCAAUCACCCAGUGAACUGGCACAAAAACUACGCCAUCGCCUGCGAGAGGAUGUUGCGUCUCCACGGGGUGGAUGCGGAUCCCGAGGCCUUGCUCUCUGACACGGUGAAACAUUUCCUUCUGUACUCUGAGAAAGCAGAGGAUGAUCCCCAGAAGCAGGAUAUUCUGCAGGCUGUGGAGCACCUGAAGAAAGAGCUGCAGGGACUGAGGAAAAUGAAAGAAGGUCUGAGACGGAGGCCUGGGUAGCGCCUGGUCCUCCACCCACCUGCUGAAGUGCUGAAAUUUCGAAGUCUUCAAAUCUGAAUUAGUCCUUGAUGACGUGAGGGUGGUUUUAACAAGCAAUAGAAAUGGCAGUGGAGAGGAAAUCAAGGGUGAUUCCCUCCAUGGAAUGUACCAUUAGUUGGGUUUUGGCUGUUGGUGCCAAAUGAACUGUUUGUGUUGUUUCAUGCAUGGGGGGGUGUGUGGGGAAAUCUCAUCACUAAAUAAAAUUCCUGGUUUUCCAAAAAGAGAGUUUUAAAUGAAACCUCUGAAUUGGAUGCACUGGGAAGAUCUUUUGAAUUAUUUUUUUUAUGAGGGUAGCAUCCUUUAUAGAUGGAAAAAAUGUAUUUAGCCUUUCAGUGUGACUUCUCUUCCUGAACCAAGAGGCUUUCCACAGCCAUGUUUCUUUAGCCGUGUUGUGUCUGUGUGUUUUUAUGGUCACAGGGCAGCAAGGUUGGGUAGGUUUCCAUCAGGACAAGCAUGUGGGACAGUGUCCUUUGCAGGAGCCUGGUUGCUUACUGCUCCUUGGCUGUGCCUGUGCCUGAGGUGCUGCAGACAAUGUGUCCUUCUGGUGUGGGAGGGUAGAGACCACCAAGCCAACUCUUCCUGCCUUCCUUGCUUUGCUGGGAUGGUUAUUUUCUUUACAUUGGGAUUUUAUGCUGGGGUAGACUUUAUUGUACUAGUUUUCCAAUAGUGAGCAAGCAACUUGUAUAUUUUCCAUUGCAGAGCACUGUGAGUGUAGGCAGCAGUGUGGCAUCUCCUGUGCUGUCUCCACUGGGGCAGAGGGACUGUGGUGCUGAGACCCUGCAUGGGGACACAGGAGCAGAUCCUCUGUGACAUCGCUGUCCCCAUGCCUCAUGGCAUCUGUGCUGUGUCCUCCUUCCAUGUGAGCCCAUAAUGGUCUUCUUCUGUGCCACAUACUUGCACGUGCUGGGGGUGCCAGAACUGCAAUGUUAGAGAUGUCGAGAGCCUUAACCAAAAGAAUAGACUGUGGAUCCAUCCUGCUUUUCAGCCUGCCUCCAAGGCCAAGCAACUCAGUUAACAAGAGCUCAGAUAUGUGUUUUCCAAAAAACUGACAUAGGACAGCAUGUCUUUCAAAGUGUUGUCUGUAGGCAUGUCCUUCAAGUGCUUAAGAUAGACCCAAAACUCUUGUAUUGUUAGUGGGAAGUUGUACUUGUUAAAGUGUUCAUAUUUUGUUCUGUGGUUCUGUGAGAUCUCAGCCCAGUGUUUUUAGACAAGAGAAACAGCUGCCAGUCCAGGAUUUAAUUUGGACUAGUAAAAUUUUCAGAGAAGAAAUCAGUAACUUCUGUAAAGAUCAUGUUAUCAAGUGGCACCUCUGGAAGCUUCCUAGAGGCUUGGAGGAGCAGAUCAGGAUGUGUGCAGGAGCUGGGGGUGUUGCAUGUGGAUGUUCUCUUGGUCUGGGGCUCGAGGUGCAGGCAGGUGCAGAUUGAAACUCGUGUGGCUGCUAAUCCUAAUAGAUCCCUUUAAAAGUAUAAAAUCCUUUUUGGUUGUUUCUCUCCCAGUGCUAAAUUUUCCCAAGGUGACUUUCAUUGAAUGCUGCCCGUAUAAAAAUCAAGCUGCCAUCUAGGAAUCUCUAACUCUGGUUGCAAAAAAACAUUAUUUCUCUCCCUCUUUUUCUGACUUAUUUGUGUUGUAUGAUUCCUGUGGCAAUUCCCCUCGUUACUUCUAGAAACAAUUCCCAUAUAAACAGAGAUGAGCAAUAAAAAGGAAUAAAACUAAACUUAUUUCAAA